AUGAGCAAGAAAUCGACAUUUGUCCCUGACGCCUGGGAGGAUGAUUGGGAGACUCAAGCAGACAAGAUGGCCAAGGAGCCUGAACAACCCGUCCCUCAAGUACCUCUGUCCAAGGCAGAACGCUUAGCACAGCAUGCUGAGCAGAAUCGCAAGCUUUGGGAGUCUGCCGAUGCUCCGCCAACUUUUAACUACUAUGAGGCUAGCACCUCAGGUGUCUCUCUCACAACUCCGUUCAAACCACAGGUUAAAGUACUCAGCCGGAAACCAGUCAUCGCUAAGCGCGAUGCUACUGCAGGCAUGUCCGGACUCUCACUCGAUGAUGAUAGCGAAGUAAAGAAGGAGGUACCAAUGACCCCGGAGGAAAUCCGAGCGAAACAAAAGCGCGACAGGGAGGAGAAGCAAAGACGAUACGAAGAAGCCAGGGCCAAGAUCUUUGGAGAAUCGAACCCAUCUUCAGGAGCCUCCUCACCUGGCACAGUUACCCCGCCGAAAGCCGAUGGCUACACUGGCCGCGGCCGUGGCAGGGGACGUGGUGGUUACAGAAACAACGAGACCCGUCAAUCCGAUAACCGUGGCUUUGAUGCUCCGCGUAGAAUGCAAAAUAUGUCGGGCUCGGGCCGCGAGUUGUUCGACCCGAAUCACUCACCAAAACCCGAGCCAGUAUCACAAAAACGGCAGCCGGAAUUUUCGUCGCCCGGAAGAAGCGUAACUCCCCGCGAUGGGCAGCAGCAAAUGCAACCACAGGCACCAAUCCGAGCACCUAAGGGGCCGGAUGGAAGUGGCAGAGGGGGUUUCGGCUUUGCUCAGCGAGGUGGUAAGGGCAGUUGA